UUUAUUAUCCAGCUGUUCGACUGUCUCCACUGUUUACAGCAUGAUUUAAUCAAACAGAGCCAGAAACACAAUCUUUCUGUACAUCUGUCCAAACUUUUGUCUUUUUUUACAGGUGUGCAACAAUCAACACAACUACUAGAGGAGAAAAUAAUACAUUUAACUGUGAAAAUGGACCAAAGUGGGGGCGUUAUGUAACUGUGUACAAAAACACAUCUGGGCUUGUAAUUCUGUGUGAGGUGACGAUGAAAGGCAGAAAAAAAGAGCCAUUUAAACUGAUUAAAGAGAACAAGACAUGGGAAGACGCCCUGUACCACUGCAGAGAGGAACACAUGGAUCUGGUUUCCAUCCUUGAUGAAGAGACCCAGGGCUGGGUUGGGUUGGAGGCUCAGAAGGCUGACACUCCCUUUGUCUGGCUGGGUCUUCACUACAUCUGUGGGUUUGGCUUCUGGAUCUGGGUCAACGAUCAGUGUGUAUUUUUUGAUCAGUGGGCUCCAGAUGAGACAAGAACAGCAGUCUGUGGCACGAGGGCUGCCAUGAAUACAAGUGGGAACCAUCUGUGGUACAAGAAGUCUGUUUAUGAUAAAUAUAAUUUCAUCUGUGCAGUGUAAGAAGAUCCAUGGAUUGGUUUUGUUUAUUCAGUUAGACAGGUGUCAGUAGUGGCUUGUUGGGUUUUAGGAAACUUUCCUCUAAAUCAAAGGUGAUGGGUUCAGGCUCAGUGUAGCAGGAAGAUAAACAGUGGUGAAAU